AAAUUAAAUUUUGGAAGUAAUUUUUUUUUAUUUUUUUUUUCUGCAAUUGCCGAGAAAAUGCCAUCAUUUUUCUCAGCAAUCGAGAAAGGAAAAACAAUCAAGACACCCCAAAGAUCAUAAUAAGUUUCUCGAUCCGAACUCUGUCUUUAAUACUCACCGUUUUUGUUCUUUCACCACCCAGAUUUGCUUCUCUUUUUUCUUUUCCUUUUUAAUUUGCUCUCUCUAGAUUCAGGUUUUUUUUUAUAAAAAAAAUCAAUCCUCUCUCUCUUCCUCUUUCUCUCUCUAUAUCUCCAGGAAUGUCCGUGGAUACUGGAAUCAUGAGAUUAAGAUUUGAGGAGAAAGCAGGUAAUGAUUAGGGUUUCCAAGUAUUGGGGAUAUAAAAGUGGCAACCUUUUGUUUCGGAUCUAAACCACAUUCCCCGGGGAUCUCAUAAUAUAUUCCUCUCUUUGCCUUCUUCUCUCAGAUCCGUCUUCGAUUCGGCGAAUUUUAGGGCUCAUCAUUUGAUAAUGUGGAUUUGAGCUUCCUCACACCCUCUCCGAUUCCCAAUUUUCAUCACUGCUUUUUUCUAUAUUGGGGUGUGAAUUUGAAUUUGGGAAGAAUGUUUAAGCAGUUUCUGAGUAAACUUCCUCGGAAGUCUUCAAAAGCCGACUCAGGAGAGCUGACUCGUUCGAGCUCGGGUCCGGUUCCGUCCCCGGCUCAGAGAUCCGGAACCGGUGGUGGCUCAGCUCCGGUUCGAUCCAACUCAGGGAAGCGUAUGUCAUCUGCUGUUUUCCCAGCGAGCGUGGUUGCUGGAAUAGAGCCAUUAGUGCCAUUCAAGGAUGUACCAAACUCGGAGAAAUUAAACCUCUUUGUGAGUAAAGUUAGCCUCUGCUGCGUAACAUUUGAUUUCUCCGACCCGAGUAAAAACUCGAUCGAGAAAGAUGUGAAAAGGCAGACAUUGCUCGAGCUUUUGGAUUUUGUAGCUUCAGGGUCUGUUAGAUUCACUGAACCAGCUAUUCUUGCAAUGUGUAGAAUGUGUGCUGUUAAUCUGUUUAGGGUUUUCCCUCCGAAUUACCGGUCUAGUGGUGUUGGUGGUGAAAACGAUGACGACGAGCCUAUGUUCGAUCCUGCCUGGCCGCAUUUACAAAUCGUCUAUGAUUUGCUGCUCAAGUUUAUCACCUCUCCGUGUCUUGAUGCUAAAAUGGCAAAGAAGUAUCUGGAUCAUGCUUUCAUUGUGAGGUUACUCGACUUGUUUGAUUCAGAGGACCCUAGAGAACGAGAGUGUUUGAAGACGAUUCUGCAUCGGGUUUAUGGGAAAUUCAUGGUUCACAGGCCGUUUGUCCGCAAGUCCAUGAGCAAUAUAUUCUACCGGUUUGUGUUUGAGACAGAGAAGCAUAGCGGAAUCGCAGAGCUUCUGGAGAUUUUCGGGAGCAUAGUGAGUGGAUUCGCGUUGCCUUUGAAAGAGGAGCACAAGAUCUUCUUGUGGAGAGUAUUGAUUCCACUGCACAAGCCUAAAUCUGUUGGGAACUACUUCCAGCAGCUAUCUUACUGCAUCACUCAGUUCGUAGACAAGGAGCCAAAACUUGGCAGUGUUGUGAUAAAGGGUUUGUUGAAGUUCUGGCCUAUCACCAACAGCCAGAAGGAAGUGAUGUUUCUUGGGGAGGUCGAAGAGAUUUUAGAAGCAAUGAGCUUGAUGGAAUUCCAAAAGGUCAUGGUCCCAUUGUUCUUGCGGAUUGCUUGCUGUGUCAACAGCUCUCACUUUCAGGUUUCUGAAAGAGCACUGUUUUUGUGGAACAACGAUCAAAUUGUGAACUUGAUUGCACACAACCGGCAAGCCAUCCUACCGAUCAUGUUCACUGCCUUAGAAAAGAAUGCUGAAAACCACUGGAACCAAUCCGUGCUAAACUUAACCCUAAACGUGAGAAAAAUGUUCUGUGAAAUGGACGAGGCUCUGUUCAUGUCUUGCCAUGCUCGCUUUCAGGAGGACGAAGCAAAGCAAUGUUCUGCAGCAGAAAAGAGGAAAGAAAUCUGGGCUAAGCUAGAGAACGCAGCAAGUAUGAAGCCGAUAACUGGAAAGACGGCUGUUCUGGUAACUCCUUUAGCAACCUCCAUUGCUUGCUAACAGUGCUCAAACCAAUUCUCAGACAGUUUAUCAAGCAAUGAAGCAGCAAUAUCAGAAGAAGAAAGAUGAUGGAGGGCUUAAGCUAUGGUCUUGGAACUUUUCAUCUGGAUUGAUAUUUGUAAUAUUAUAUAACUUUGAUGUUGUUAGCUGUGUGGGUUUUAUGCUAUAUCUCUUGCUUCCUUUAAAAGCGAGGAAGCAAAGAAACCAUGCCGCAGAUUUCUAUAUCAAACUCUGUAAUUCAAUUAAGUUUAUAUAUAUCCUUUUUCCUUUCA